AUGGAAGCUAUGAGGGAGAUAGAGGAGGAGGUGGGGGGGAGGAGCGGGGGGGGCGGGAACAGAAGGACCCGCGACCGCUGCGUGGAGUGCUUCAUUCGCCGCUCGCGCAAGACCGGCACGUUCACGCUGUUUCUGGGCGUGCCGCCGAAUUCGACGGAGAACGGCAAGUUCCUGCUCGCGGCGCGCAAGUGCGGCUGGCGGCCGUCAAGCCCGCGUUUUCUCUCGGCGCGGCGUCGCUGGCGCACGGCGGAAGCAGCAGCAGCAGCCGCAAGGUGCAUCCCCGCGGAGCCGCUUUUUCCGCCAACGGUUACCACCACUGUAACCACUGUAGCAAUCGGUGUGGUAACCACCAUUGUGGUUACAACUGUGGCAGCAGCAGCACGGGCAGCAGAGGGGCCGGCACCCCUGUCGCGUGUAACGGUAACUUGGGCAGCUUUAACGGUUCCAGCUGUAGCGGCGCCAGCUGUAGCAGGGGUAGCGAUGGGACAGGAUUACUCGGCGCAGGUAUUACCAGCAGUAGUGGCAGCGGCAGCGCCAUUGGUGGUCGGGGCGAUUGUAACGGCGCAAAUGACGCUGACACGGCCACGUCAGCAGCGGCUCAGUGGGGGGAAGGGGGAGGCGGGGGGGAUUGUGAGUGAGUUUGAGUGGGGAGGGGGGGAGAGAGAGGAGGUGACUGUAGAAGAAGUGACUGAAGGGAGAGUGGGAGGGCGGGAGGAAGAGGGGAAGGGAGAGAGAGGGGAGGGGAAGAGAGUGGAGAGAGGGGAGGUAGAGAGGGAGGAGGGGACGGGAGAGGAGAGGAGGAAGAACGAGACCAAGGAGAGGCAAGAGAAGGAGGAGAGGGAGGAGGAGGAGAGAUUGCUGGUGAGGCUCACUGGGAGUGGAGAAGAGGAGGGGGAGGGCGAGAAGCAAGAAUGCACAGCAGCGGAGGAAGCAAGGGAAGCGAGGGAAGCAAGGUCACCACCCACAAUCUGCACAAGAGAGCCCUUGGUCUCGUUCCCAGAGAGUGGGGAAGAGAUGGGUGCGGGAGAGAGAAUGGGGAGCAGUGGUAAGGAGGAGAGCAAUGAGCAGCAGAGCAUGCGAGAGGAGGGUGUGGAAGCAGGGGGGCAGUGGGAGAAGAAGAGUCAAGAGGAGAGCAGUCCGGAGGACGGGAGCUUAGAGGAGGGGAAUCAGCAGGAGGAGUGUGGGGAUUGGCCGACAGACGGCGCGUAUGAGCAGCAGGAGAGCAGUGGAGAGGGAAGGAGUGAGCAGGAGGGCAAUCAGGCUGCGACUCCCCCAUUUGCUGCUUCGUCUGCCCCGUCUCCUGCCGCCCUUCCUGCUGCUCCUUCUGCUUCUGCUGCUCCUUCCCCUGCUGCUGCGCCUCCUGCUUUCAAUGCAGAGGCAGAUGCGGAGGGUGACACUGAGGGUGACUUAGCAUCAGUGAAGAAUUUUCAGCUGAUAGAGGGGGGCGGGCCGGGGAACGACUCGGACAAGCCGGUGCUGCUGCAGUUCGGGAAGAUUGACAAGGACGCUUUUACUAUGGACUACAGAUAUCCACUCACGGCCUUCCAGAUUGGCAAGGACACGUUCACCAUGGACUACAGAUACCCGCUUACUGCCUUCCAGCUCAUAGAGAGGAGCGGACCGGGGAACGACUCUGAUAAGCCAGUGCUGCUGCAGUGUGGGAAGAUUGGCAAGGACACUUUCACCAUGGAUAACAGAUACCCGCUUACUGACUCCAGGUGGGUAGUGAAGUGCUGUUUCAUGUGGUUAAAAAUCGGUGCUCUGCCAGUGCUGCUGCUGCAGUUUGGCAAGAUCGGCAAGGACACAUUCACCAUGGACUACAGAUACCCGCUCACGGCCUUCCAGGUGGGUAGUGCUGCGUGUUCAGGGUGA